CACGUACAUACACACACACACACACACACACAUCCCUUCAGAAUUGUUGGCUGCUGCUUCUUUCGCCUUUGUUAAACUUUGUCUUGUCAAACUUUGCAUUUUGCCUGUUAAGGAGGAUCGUCUAAUAACAUAAUCCAGCCGCAAAGACAAGUGAUCCAGAUCAAAUACAAGAACACGAACAUAGUCGACGACAAUCGCCAACUCGAGAUAUCACAUCAUCCUCCCCAACCAACGUCCACCCUCUACUUCAGGUCGCAUCCGCUCCCCCGCAUUCUCGCUCGACAAUUGCCGCCACCGAUACUACACCCGCUACCACAACUCCAAUUACUGAGUCACCUGCAUUGCCAUUGGGCUCUUCAAAGCAAUCGCCAACAAACACCGCUCAACUUGCCUCGAGGGCCACCGAAGCCCGGGCAAGCACUUCUUCAAACAUGAUAUUCUCGGAUAUUUACAAGAGCCCGCGAUCACCCAUCGCUAAGCUCCGUCACCACUCGGUCCAGUUACCGACACCGCUGCCAACCAAUACACCAGAUUGGUACGGCGAGGAACACGCAGACCUUCUCAGCAAGGACAAGGUGAAGCAGAAGGAAGCUGUGAAGAGGUAUCUCGACGUCAAAGUCAAGAACGAUUGGGAGUUCCCAUGGCCUUCUCGCGUUGUCGAGCCCCCACUACUUGAGGGUGACGUCGCUGUUGUCGACACUGCAUCUGAAACACCUGAUGCAAUUGAGGCUGUCACCAGUCUCGAUGUCACAGAACCGACAAAGUCAAUUCAAGAUGAGACGCACGAGGAUGAUGGCUACCAAGUCGAUGACCCCGAGUCAUCAGAUAACGAAGACGACAGCGAUGCCGAGUCCACCUACAGUACUGUCUCUGAAGAUUUAGUCAACUUUCGCACACGUCUAGACUGGGCCUCAGAUCUUUCUGAUGAUGAGGAUGAGCCUGGCCCUUCGCGAUCACCUUUCCGCUUUGACAACCCCAACAAUGUGGGCUCCACUGUCCAAGCUGUGGUCCAGGGCAAGCGCGCCAAGCGAAGGAGAGCAGUUCGCAAGGAAAUGGAAUGGAACGAAGGGCUCGCCUGUUUCGAAGCGCGGCGAAAUGCAUGGACGGGCGCACGAACUGUUCGCGUUCGGGCCAAGCCUGCAACGCCCCCUGCUGUGUCACCACUAUCUCCCCGUCGAUUCUUCUUCCGUCGCUCCAUGUCAACAUCUCCUCCUGCCUCGACAAUCGCGUCUACUUUACCACCGCAAGUCAGUGAUGCGUCAGACAAUUCGUCACUCGCGAGAAGCGACGAGCUUCGCAAUGCUCGAUCUAAAGACACCACGCCGUCGACACCUCCCGACAGCCGAAAUUAUCCUGUUGAGGUCCUGCUUCCUCUCCCCCCGCCUCUCCUACCUCCCAAUAACCCUCUGCGUGCAUCCAUCACACCUUCUGUAUAUCUCAGUCUCUACGACAAGGUCAUCAUUCACAGCCUUCAGCCCUCGUGCCCUAUUAAUUUGUCCGAUAUGCUUCGAGCUUGCGUUACUGGCUGGAAGCGAGAUGGCGAGUGGCCUCCACGACCGACAAUGGCUCCCGCUCCUGUCGCCAAGAAGAAGAAACCCAAGAAGCCCUCAAACCCCUCAGAGAACGCGGGCAGUACUGUACGCCGCAUGAGCUUUGGUCUGCUGGGUCGUGACAAGGACGAUUCGACAAGUGGCAAGGGCAUUCGCCGCAGCCUUGUUAGAGCUCUCGGCAUUGGAGAAGGGACAGAGACCCCUAAAUGAGGCUAUCUCGUUACGAAUUCAUGAUUAUGAUUAAAACCCGGAGGAUUAUCAUUGCGGUUGAUGCAUGGCGCUUAUAUAUGGGCUCUCGCUUUCUGGCUUGGUAUACCAUGUAGGGAAGGAAAUGUGUUAUGUAUUCUGGUCUAGUUCUCUUUAUUUUAUGUUUUCUGCCAUGACCUGGUCAUGCUGGUAUAGGGAGUUUCGGGGCAUGGGUUUGUCUCCAUAUUGGAGUCUCUUGGAGCAGCUGAGAGGAAGCAUGCAUUUUGAUACGUCUUGAUCCCAGCAUUGCGGCCAUGCUAAUUUACUUUGCUAUAACUGUAUUCUUUAACUUGGC